CUGUAAACGAACAAUAUUAUCGGUAUGUAUUUAGUAAAAUUUACGAGAAAGUGUGCAUAUAUGUAUUUAAUUUUUAUUGAUUGCGGUUUUGGAGAUAUAUAGAUAGUGAUACUUAUAUAAUAGUUGGUUCACACGACAUUUUUAAUUACUUAAUUUACUAACGCUCUAGCUUACUUACAUCAAUAUUCGUAUUUUGUUUUUAAACAAUAUUGCCAUAAAAAUCUUUGUAUUAUGUGUGUGAUUGAUUUGAAUUUAACAACUAAAUGAAUUAAUCUAUUAUCUUUUUUCCAAUUAGAGACUUUCACUUCUCCACUAUAUAUCGCGAGAUUCUCUUGCUUACAUCUUUGAGCAUAAUUUAUUUAAGCAAAAUAUUCUAUUAGUCGAUUCAAUGCAGAGUGCGAUUCAAACUUCUCAUACUCCUCGAUAGAUUAUUUAAAGCACUGAUCAACUAUUAAAAGUUGAAGAUUUCUUACAACAAGAAUGCAAAAAAAAUUAUAUAAAAUAUUUGUGAUGGUUUUGGCAUAUAAGCGGAACUCUAUAACAGUGCUACACAAAUUAGUAAUUUUGACUUUAAUUUUAAAAGUUUUUGUAAGUUCGACAUAUACAAUCCAAAGCAAGUUUACACUUGACUUUUUAUACCCUAAACAGUUUGCCACGAAGUUUGUAACACCCAGAAAAUAAUGUCGGAGACCCUAUAAAAUAUAUACAUAAAUGAUCAGCAUGUUGAGCUGAGUUGAUUUAGUCAUGUCCGUCUGUCUGUCCGUCCGUCUGUCCAUCCGUCUGUCUGUAUAUAUGCAAACUAGUCCCUCAGUUUUUAAGCUAUCGAUCUGCAAUUUUGCACCUGUCCUUUUCUAACUAAGAAGCUUGAUUUUGAUCGGUCUGUUUGUAUGGCACCUAUAUGUUAUCGUGGGCCGAUCUGAACAAUAUAAAUGGAGAUUGUGUCUUUGCCUGGCACAAUAAUCUAUGUCAAAUUUCGCGAAGAUAUAUUGUCAAAUAAAAAAGUUUUUCAUAAAAGAACUUGAUUUUGAUCGGCAGCUAAAUGCUAUAGUGGACUGAUAUUAGCGGUUCCGAUGACGUCGUCUUUUAUAACAACUAAUAUAACAGUUCUACAUGUUAACUAGUCGAUAGUGUUCAAUUUAGAAACAGCUUUCGUAUAGACUAUUCGCUAAAGAAUUCAUGAUCAGUAAUUUUGAUAAGAUUACCUGUGUUGUUUUAGUAUAUAUAUUGAGUUAGGGGUCGCUUUAGAUAACGCUUUGAUAUUAUUCUUUACUUCUCUCCUCACUUAAGUAAUAUUAUUAUUAAAUAAGUUUUAAAAUUUUUUCGAAAAAUCUGCUAAUUUUAACAUAACUCUCCACAGUAACCGAAAAUAAGGUUGCAUCUCGUUGCUUUGCGCACAAGCUUUGCACAUGCGCCUACCACACGGAACAGUUAACUCCAACGCAUACAUUGCCGCAUGCCCAUUAGUCGCCUACCACAUGUGGAAGCUAUCACACAGUUCUAACAGCACCUAAACAGCUGUAAAAGUAAUUUUUCAAUUCUACUUGGCGCUGUUAAAAUCUCUACAAACUCUACAAGGGUGGUUUGUUUCAUUACCAUACCGUUUUCGUUCCGUAAAAUGAAAAGCUGUAUGCAUUACCAGAAUAUAUAUAUAUGUGUGUGUAGAAUAUGCCGCUAUGGCAGUGGAAAAACGCGCACAAGCAUUAAAACGCAGCGUGUGCCACUUUUGUACGCGUUUAUUGUGCCAGUUUGCAGCGACAAUCGAGCGCACAGCAUCCAUCCCCCAGAAAUGUUGUGAACCGCAGAGAAUCGAAUCAAGCCGCUUUUGUAUGCAUGUAUAUGUGUGUGUACAUGUAAUUGUGUGAGUCGUCUUCCAGGAGAUGAAGGAGCACACAGAUUUUAGCUUUUUGCGCUGCGCGUGAUUUUCAGUUGUUGUGUGGAAUUGGUGGCAAAAGGUCGUGAGACGACGGCGCGCUGGUGUGGAAAAAUAAAAAAAAUAUUAAGUUUUUUUUGCUGAAAUUUAAUAAGUGUUUAAUUUGAUGUGCUAUUGAGCACAUAUUUGUGGCAUAUUGGAGAAAGUGGGAGUGGCAGGCAGCGCGUCUACUGUGUGACAAAAGCCUCAUACAAAAGCAACUGCGUGGCAUAUCUCGGCGUUGAUAACCUCAAAAUGCUUACGAAAAACGCAAAAAUGCCUUUUAAAACUAAGUCUAUAAUUUUAUUAUCGAAAAACGCAAAAAUCAACAAAAUCAACAAUAAGAACAACAUAGUUAGUCGAUAUCUGCAUCACAACUACACGCACCGAAGAAAGAGCGACGUCAAAACGAACAACGACAAGUGUCAAAAUGUCAACACUAUCGUUACGUAUACAGUUGGAGGGUGGCCGUGUCACAAAGACCAUACAAUUCCAUCCCAACACGACAGUAUUUGAUGCCUGUAAAAUUAUACGGGAUAAGUUUGCCGAAGCUGUGCAGGGACAACCCAGCGAAUAUGGUCUAUUUAUAUCGGAUGAGCAACAUCAACAGGGCGUUUGGCUGGAAGCCGGCCGUACGCUCGGCUAUUAUAUACUCCACAAUCAGGACACGCUGGAAUAUAGACGUAAGCUACGUACGUUGCGUGUGCGUAUGUUGGACGGUGCCGUGAAGACCAUACUUGUCGAUGACUCCCAACCGGUGUCGCAAUUAAUGGUGGUCAUUUGCACGAAAAUCGGCAUCACCAAUCACGAGGAGUAUGGACUGGUGCGCGAGGAUAAUGAGGCGCAGAAUGAGAGCCUGCCGGAUAAUAAGUUUGGCACGUUGACGUUGCGUCGGAAAUUCACCGAAAAGGAUCGUGAUGCAAAGAUGGAAAGUUUGCGCCGGAAGCUGAAAACCGAUGAUGAAAUCAAUUGGGUGGAUGUCGGUAAGACGCUGCGCGAACAAGGCAUCGAUGAAUCGGAAACGGUUUUGUUGCGUCGUCGCUUCUUCUUCUCGGAUCAAAAUAUUGACUCACGUGAUCCGGUGCAAUUGAAUUUGUUGUACGUGCAGGCGCGUGACGCCAUACUCGAUGGCACACAUCCCGUUACACAGGAUAAAGCUUGUGAAUUCGCUGGCAUACAAGUGCACAUACAAUUCGGCCCACACAACGAAGCCAAGCAUAAGCCCGGAUUUUUAGACUUAAAGGAUUUCCUGCCGCAAUCCUACGUACGUGUGAAGAACAUUGAAAAGAAAAUAUUUGCGGAGCACAAAAAACACGUUGCUCUGACGGAAAUCGACGCUAAAGUCUUAUAUACGAAAACGGCACGUGAGCUGCCUACCUACGGUGUGACAUUCUUCUUGGUGAAGGAGAAGAUGAACGGACGCAAUAAGUUGGUGCCACGCUUGUUGGGCGUGACCAAAGAUUCCGUAUUGCGUUUGGAUGAGCGCACCAAGGAGAUUCUAGUAUCGUGGCCCUUAACGACGGUGCGUCGUUGGGGCGCUUCACCGAAUACCUUUACAUUGGAUUUCGGUGAUUAUGCCAAUCAAUAUUACUCGGUGCAAACAACCGAGGCGGAGCAAAUUGUACAGCUAAUCGCUGGUUAUAUUGAUAUUAUACUGAAGAAGAAACAAACCAAAGAUCAUUUUGGUAUUGAGGGAGAUGAAGGCUCUACCAUGGUGGAGGAGUCAGUUGCGCCCUCAAAAGCAACAUUCUUGCAACAUGAAACAAAUAAAAUUGGUAAAAUCAAUACCGAGUCACUGGCGCACCCCGAAAUACUGCGUGCAUCCGAUGGCGAGCGCAAGUACACGCAAGGUGAAAUACAAUCAGUGCAGUAUGGCGCAUACGUGGGGCAAGUUAACCACGCCCAUCAACCGCCAACGACGAAGGAGGUGCGCAUAAGCACUGUGAACCUAACCGAACCGCAACGCGCGCUACUCGGCUACAUCUCGGCGGGUCAAGAUGUCUUGCUGCGCGCUGAUGAAGAGCUUAGAACGAAGGCGCCAAUACAGGAGCUCGGCACCGAUUUGCGUUCGAUCGAAUGGCGUGAGAACACUUUGGACACUUCGAAACAGGCGGUGACCAGUCAUGUGGCCACCAUGAAUGCAGCUACUGCACAAAUUAUAACCGCCUCACAGUUUGAUGAGGUCGAUACGGAGGCUAUCUCCGCGUCGGUUUCACAAAUAACACAAACCAUACCAGAAGUAACGAAGGAGGUGCGUCUAAUCGCCGCGCUCAUGGAGGAUAGCAACAAUGGUGAUCGUUUGUUGGAUGCCGCGCGUAAUUUAUGCAAUGCGUUCAGCGAUUUGUUAAAGGCCGCCGAGCCGGAGAGCAAAGAACCUUCCCAGAAUCUCAUUAAUGCCGCUAGUCGUGUGGGUGAAGCUACGACGCAUGUGCUCAGCACCAUUGCUGAAGAGGAAACGCCUGAAAAUAGUGAUUUGCAUGAUCUGCUUUUGACUUUGGCCAAGGCCGUUGCGAAUACCACCGCCGCUUUGAUGUUGCGCGCUAAGGCGAUUGCUGCCAGCUGUGAGGAUGAGGAGUCACGCAAUCGCGUUAUUGGCGCGGCGAGUCAAUGCGCCUUGGCGACUAGUCAGCUCGUAGCUUGCGCUAAGGUUGUUGCGCCAACGUUGCAUAAUGCCGCUUGUCGUGAACAAUUGGAGGCGGCGGCACGUAAUGUAGCGCGUGCUGUUAAUAAUUUGUGUGAGGUGUGCAACGAUGCUACCAACGAUCCGAAACUGAAGAAUGAUCUGCUCGCCGCUGCACGUGAUGUGUCGAAGAGUUUGAGUGAUAUGUUGGAUCAUGUCAAGUUGAGUUCGCGCGAAUAUGCUAGUCGCACCAGUCAAGAGAUGAGUCCGGUGGAGAAUGUGAUUAUCGGCACGGACAUAUUGGUGGCUUCCAACGAUCCACAGGAAAUGGUACGCCAUGCCAAAACUCUCGGACAAGCCACCGCUCAAUUGAUACAAAGCAUCAAAGGCGAGGCAGAUCAACAAAAGGAUGAAGAUAUGCAACGUCGUUUGCUUUCGGCUGCCAAGCAGUUGGCUGACGCUACAGCAAAACUCGUCGAAGCAGCGCGCCUCUGCUCGGGUAAUCCGCAAAACGCCGAAAAUCAAAAUGCUUUGCGUCGUGCAGCCGAGGAGUUGCGUGAAAUCACCACCACCACUGCCAACACGCCGGCCAUGAAACGUAAUCUAAUCCAUCGUCUCGAAUACUGCUCCAAACAGGCUGCCUCGGCCGCUACACAAUGCAUUUCGGCGGCGCAGAAUGCCGUACAGCAUAGUGAUGACCAUCAAACUAAAGAGCAAUUGUUACAAGACUGCAAACGCGCGGCCGACACCAUACCACGUCUGGUGACCUCGGUGAAGACUACACGUUCCAAUCCUGAUGAUCCCAAUGCACAGCUCAAUCUAAUCGAAGCCGCUGAGCAAUUUAUCGAGCCAGCCAUACAGGUAUCGCGUUCCGCACGCGCGCUACAACCCACCGUUACAGACAUACCCUCAGCAACACAGCUCUCGAAGAGCGCACUUUAUCUGGGCCAAACCGUGUCCGAAUUGAAUUCGGCCGCCCAGCGCGCACGUGAAGCUUGCGGCGGUCAAGAGUUGGAAUCUGCUUUGGAGGCAGUGCGCAACCUGCACAACGUGUUGGACGACACGCGUAAGGCUGCGCAAUCGGGCAGCAUUCGUCCAUUGCCAGGCGAGACGGUCGAAAACACAGCACAACAGUUGCGCAUAUCCGCCAAAAAUGUGGGUCUUGCGCUCCGACAGUUACUCUCAUCGGUUAUACAAGAACAACGUCGUUACGCGGGUGUGGCCGGACGUGAUACUGCCUUAGCGCUCGGUGAUUUUACCAAGAGUGUACAUGGCGUCGCGGCCACAACAAAGAAUCCGGUUGUCAUAGAUUGCGCCGAUGAUGUGGUAUUACACUCGGCGCGCCUUAUCGAAGAAGCACAACGCACGCUGCAAAAUGUUGGCAACACGGAUGCGCUAACAAAGGCUGGACGUGAUGUGACCGCUGCGCUUUCGAAGACCGUCGAUUGCAUACCUGGUCAGCGUGAAGUGGAUAUCGCUUUGCGUAAUGUGAGCGAAUUAAGUGAAAUACUCUCGAUGAAUGAAUUUCCACCGUCUGAACGUAACUACAACACAUUGCAGUCGGAGUUGAAGCAAGUCGCCGAGGGUCUCAGCGCGGCUAGCGGUCAAAUUGUGCAGGCGUAUGAUAGUCCCGCGCAAUUAGCCGAUACUAGUCAAAACUUUGCCACCAACUAUCGCGAUCUACUCGCUGUUUCCAUGGAGAUGGUCGGUCAAACGUCCGAUGAGCUCGUACGUUCGGAAAUGAUUGACCGUUUGCGCAAUGUCUCAACACAAUCGUGUUCAUUACUAUCCGCCGCCAAGUCUAUUGCCGCCGAUCCAGGUCAACCGAAUGCCAAGAAUUUGCUGCAUGCCGCAGCUCGCAGUGUCAUCGAAAGUAUAAACAAACUCGUCGACGCCAGCAUACAAUCUGCGCCAGGACAAAAGGAAUGCGACAAUGCCAUACGUAACAUUGAAGGACUGCGCGUUAUGCUCGACUAUCCACAUGAGCCCAUCAACGAACAAGGCUACUUCGAAUGCGUCGAGAAUGCGACUGGUAAGUCGCGCAAUUUGGGCUACGCCAUUUCCGAGAUGAUUAACAAUGCCAAACAAUCGAAUCACGUCGGUUUUGGGCAAUCGGUAAAUACCGUGGGAGAGUCCAUACACAGCUUGAUCGAGUCAUCUGCACAGGCAGCUUACUUGAUAGGAGUAUCGCAUCCGAGCAGCGUCGCCGGGCGUCCGGGUAUCAUUGAUCAGGCUCAACUGAGCUGGGCAUAUCAAGGCAUACGUCAGCAUUGCGAGAUUGUGAGUAGCGCCAAGGCCACGAAGCAGCAAAAAAUAUCGGCGCUAACGGUAAUCGCCAAACAUACCAGUUAUUUGUGCUCUAUAUGCCGACAGGCCAGCAUGAACACCAAUAAUCCUGUGGCGAAGAAUGAAUUCAUUGUCUUGGCCAAACAAGUUGCCACAGCCACCUCAAACUUGGUACAGGAGAUAAAGAGUAUUGAGGACGAGCCAUCCACACCAACGCGCGCACGCCUCGUAGAACCGCUAUUGGAGUCUGUCAAAGCAGUACGUCAAUAUGCUUCCAGUCCAGAAUUUAUUUCGGUACCAGCAAAAAUCUCCGCGGAAGGUCGUAAGGCGCAAGAACCUGUAAUCAAUGCUGGACGCGGUGUUAUCGACGGUGUCAUCGAAAUGGUGAAGGCCGCCAAAUCAUUGGCGCUCUCACCGGAUGAUCCACCAGUAUGGCAGCAACUUUCCAAUGCCUCAGCGCCCGUCUCCGAAUCCGUGAAACGCUUAGUGGACAACAUACGCGAGAAAGCGCCGGGUCAAGCACAAUGCGAACAGGUGUUGCAUACGCUGAAUACGUGCACACGUGAGUUGGAUAGCUGUGCCAUGGCUGUGAGCGCGCAGGGUUUGAGUCAGCGCCGUGAUAAUAAUCUACAUGGUUUCAGUGGUCAAACAUUGAAUUCCGCAGCUGAGUUAAUUGACAAGCUUGAACCAAUACGCAUGGCGGGCAAGAACAAUGCCGAGCAAUUGGGACACGCCGUCGGCGAGAUUUCACGCUACAUUGUGCCCAUGGUGAAUGGCGCCAUCGGCGCUUGUACGCACAUCGUGCACACCAACCAACAAAUGAGCUUGAUCAACCAAACGAAAUCGGUGGUGGAGAGCGCUGUAACGCUAGUGCAAGCCGCCAAGGACUCGGCUGGCAAUCCACGCUCCACACAUGCACACACACACCUGGAUGAAUCGAUCGAUUACACGCGUCAAGCGAUACAAGAGCUAACGGAAACGGUUGAAAAGAUCAACGCGGAAAUGGGUGUCGUAACCGGCCUCAUGGAGCAAGUGAAUCGUGCCAUUACACGCUUGACAGACAAACGUCAAUCGUUGCUUAAUGCCUCCUACUCCGACUCAUUCGUUGACUAUCAAACACGCAUGGUGCAAUCGGCGAAGGAAAUCGCACGUCUCGCGAAUGAGAUGAACGCUAAGGCGACCAUCGAACCGCAGCUGUUGCCACAACUCGCCUUAGCAAUGACACAGCACUAUACGCAGUUGACGCAGGAUUCGGUGGGCGCAUCCACAACAACAUCCACACCGGAUGUAGCUAUGCGCAUACGUUCGAGUGUAGUGGAUUUGGGUCGCUCGGUGAGCUCCAUGAUACAAUCAGGCGCAACUGGCGCGCGUCCCAACGACGCGUCGAGCCAAGGUGAAAUCGCACGCAAUGCGCGUGACGUAUCCGAAAAAGUGGCUCAGGUUCUGGCUGCGCUACAGGCUGGUUCACGUGGGACGCAGGCCUGCAUUAAUGCUGCACACACUGUAUCUGGCAUUAUUGGCGAUCUUGACACCACCAUCAUGUUUGCCACUGCAGGCACUUUGCAUUCGGACGGUGACGGCUCAUUUGCCGAUCAUCGCGAACAUAUACUACAAACCGCCAAGGCUUUGGUCGAGGACACAAAAGUACUGGUCACCGGCGCUGCGGGCACACAAGAGGAAUUGGCGAACGCUGCACAGAACGCCGUCUCAACUAUACUACAACUUUCGGAAGCUGUUAAGCGUGGCGCUUGUAGUCUAGGCUCUACUCAGCCCGAUUCGCAAGUUAUGGUUAUCAAUGCCGUUAAGGAUGUCGCCUCUGCCUUGGGUGAUCUGAUUAAUGCCACCAAAUUGGCCUCAGGCAAGCCCAUACACGAUCCAUCGAUGCAAGAUUUGAAGGAGAGCGCUAGGGUAAUGGUGCUAAAUGUAUCUUCAUUGCUAAAGACUGUCAAGGCUGUUGAAGAUGAACACACACGUGGAACACGCGCCAUGGAGUCCACCGUCGAGGCCAUUUCACAGGAAAUACGCGCCAUUCACUCACCACCACCACCCAGCAGCGCCCACUGUGUCCCUGAAGACUUGAUACGUGUCACCAAGAAUGUGACACUGGCCACCGCAAAGGCCGUCGCUGCCGGUGCUUCCAAUUUACAGACCGAUAUUGUCGCUGCCGCCAAUUUGGGCCGUCGCGCCAUCUCCGAAAUGUUACUCAUUUGCCGUUCGGUCGCAUGGAAUUGUGCCGAGACGGAAGAUUUGCGUCAACGCACACUCGAAGCUGGUGCCUCUGUCGGCGAAUCCUAUCGUGAACUCUUGAAUGGCAUACUACACAAUUGUUCGGCCGAUGAUCGUGUGCAUCUGUCGCGUCGUGUAGCGAAGAGCGUAACCGAUCUCGUGGCUAUGGCGCGCCUACUAAAGGGUUCCGAUUGGAUUGAUCCCGAAGAUCCGACAGUGAUUGCUGAAAAUGAGCUGCUCGGUGCAGCAGCAUCUAUUGAUGCGGCGGCCAAGAAGCUGGCGUCGCUACGUCCGCGACGUCAACCCGAUGUAAAGAUCGAGUUGGACGAGAACAUGAAGUUCGACGAAAUGAUUUUGGAGGCCGCCAAAGGCAUUAUGGCCGCCUCGUCGGCUUUGGUACGCGCUGCAAAUGCGGCACAACGCGAACUCAUCGAUCAAGGUAAAGUGGCACGUCGUCCGCUCACCUCCUCCGAUGACGGGCAAUGGUCUGAGGGUCUCAUAUCGGCGGCGCGUCUUGUGGCUGCCGCCACGCACAGCUUGGUUGAGGCCGCACAGAAUUUGGUGCGCGGCGUAGGCACCGAAGAAAUGCUCAUAUCCACCGCCAAGCAAGUGGCUGCUUCAACGGCACAAUUGCUCAUUGCUUGCAAAGUGAAAUCGAAUCCGACUUCAGAAGCUGGACGCCGUUUACAAGCCGCAGGCAAUCAAGUUAUCAAGUCUACGGAGAAUUUGGUGCGCGCCGCACAACAGGGGCUGGAGGAUGAGGAGGAGAAGACAUUGAAAAUCAACACCUCAAUGGUGGAUGGCAUGGCGCAGGAGAUUAAUGCGCGCUCCGAUGUGCUGCGCAAAGAGAAAGAGUUGGAGGAGGCGCGCCAGAAUUUCUACAAAAUUAGGCAUGCGCUUGCGAUGCAGAAGAAGGCACAAGGUUUUGCGACAGAUGAAAGUGAUUCUGAGUAUCUGCACUCCACUUACGGCACAUUGCAGAAGAGCCAAAAUAAUACAUUAAACCGUUCGGCGGGCUACCCCUCGGAUGUACCCACCUCGCCGAGCUAUUACAGCCAACAACAACUACAGCAGCAGGCAAAACAUCAUUACAACUAUGCGACACACCCGCAACAUUUCCAUCAUCCCGCCGCCGUGUCGCCACCGCCACCACCGAUGAACUAUCAAUAUGCCAGCGCUGGUGAUUUGAAUGGUGGCAUCGAGCUACCACCGCCGCCGCCACCACUCUCCACCACACUUUACAACAUGCAGGCAGCCACCGCAGCCGGCAGUGGUGGCAGUACUUUUCGACCUAACCCAAAACUAACAGCCAACGCCGUGCCACGUCCCUAUCCGGGUAGUCCCACCGCAGGUGGCGCUGGUGGCAGUUUAUUAGGUACUAACAGCGGUGUUAGCGGUGCUAAACUCACACAAUCACCUACUUCUAAAGCGAAUGUUAGUAAUUAUAAUCAACAACAACAACAAAAAUCUUUUGAAAAUAUCACCACCGCUACAACAACAAUCGCUGGCAAUGCUGCUCAUCAACCACAAUUACCACAACAGAAGUCAUCGCCGGCGGUUAAUCACAAAUUGGAAGCUUGUGUACAAGAUUUGCAUGACAAGACGUUCGGUCAGGGCGGUGUGGUGCAGAUUACCGGUGCGGGCGCAUAUCCAGGUCAAAACUAUGAGGGCUAUACCUCGAGAUAUGAAACGCGCAAUUUCGAGAAGAGCAAUGAAACGGUGGAAAAACCAUUGGACUCCAACUUCUCACAAUUAACGCUCAGCACUGACGGCGGCAAAGUCAGUAUCAUUGAUCAAGGUUCCGAGCGUUUGACGUCUAUGACACAGCGCGUAAUGGAACGCAAAACAUUUAGCACCACAACCGAGACGCGUUCGGAAAAGAAAACCGAGUCGCAUAGUUUUCGCAUGGAGUAGAUUUAAAUAAGUUUUAGAUGCGAAUGAAUACACACAAAAGCAAAUAAGCAAAAAACAACAAAAAAAUAAUAAUAAAAAUUAAAUAAUAUUUAUAAUAAAAAUAAUCAUAAUAAAAAAUUAAAAUAAUAAUAAUAAAAAUAAAAUAAUAUUUAUAUAAAAAUUAACAAAUAAUUAUAUUAAAAAAAAAAAUAAUAAUUAUAAUAAUAAAAGUUUAUAAAAAAAAUAUUGGAAAAAUUGCAUAAAAUGAACAAUGUAAAUGUGUAACUGUAAAAUAUGGCAAACAUGUUGGUGCUAUUAAUCUAACUGUUGUGGUGAUAUCUCAUUAACAACCUAACGGUUUGCCACAAAGUUUGCUUACGAGAAAUGCCACUUCGCCAAAAUAACUACCGUUUUGUAGGCGCUUAAGAAAUUUUGCCAAAAGUGCUUUUAACUGUACUAAUUUAUAAUUAUAAUAUUAAUAAUAAUAAACUACUUGUAAUAAUAAUAAUGCAUUGAUAUUUAGAUAUUAGUAAAUAAUAAUAGAGUUUUGAUAUGUUUAUUGUUUUGAAAAAAAAAAAAAUAUUAUAUAAAUUGCCGCCAAACAAAAACAAAACAAAAAAAAUGGUGUGAAAACAGUUGAAAAUGCAACUACUCACCGUUUUGCUCACCAAAUUGUGCCGUUAUAUUGUAAUUUUUGUGUUAUUCUUUUGCCGCAUUGUGUAACUGUGUAUUCCUUCUCCAGCGUUUUUUUUUUGUUGUCUUUUUUACGUGAUAAUGAAAAGUUUAAUACAACGAUCUGCAGUCCAUACGAAAAUGAUAUUUUUGUUUGCCAACAUGUUGCCUGUAAAUGCAUAAUAUUUAAAUUAUUUACAUAUAUGUUAUAACACAAUUAACUGUAUUAAUAUAAUUUAGAGCGCAUUUGUAAGCAAAAAGUUGCACCACUUACCGCAAAAAAUAUCAAACAUUUUACAAUAAACCAUGUAUAUUUAAUUAAACGAAAACAAAAUGUAAAAAAAAAAUUAUAAAUAUACUAUGUUCUAUGCUUUAUAUUGUAUUUCGUUUAUUGUCUAACGCCACUUGUGUCUCUUUUGUACGUGAUUAAUGUUUUUAAAGUUUAUUUGGACAUCUCGAAUGGAAAUAUUUAUAUGUAUGCAUUUGUAUUUUUGUUCACUCUCGCUAAAUGCUAUACGAAAUAUAGAUUAGACUUAUUUGUACAUACAGA